AUUUGUCUGCCUAGAUGAACAAAAACAAAUCUUGUUUCAGUUUACUGAACGCAUCCACUGGUUCCAAACCCGUUUAAAAUUUUGAUUGAAAUUAUUUAUCUACAUUAAAUAGUAAGAAUUUUACGAUUCAGUAAACCCGAGUGAGUAAAAAGCAGCAUCGAAAUGUAUGAAGAACCGAACUCUCUUUGUCGACUAUGUAUGAGCGAAGAAACUCACGAUGGUAUGCCGAGGGAAGAAAACUGCUAUCAAUGGAUAUCGGAUUACCUCUCGAUACAGAUUAAUCCCAACGAUCAAAUAAGUCAAGUGAUAUGUGCCAUCUGCCAUCUAAAAUUGGCAGAGUUCCAUGAGUUCCGAAUCCGUUGUCUGGAAGUGCAGGAAGUGCUUCAAGCUUUAUCUGAACAGUCUGCCAACCAAUCGACAAUAGAAGACGUGCAAGAACCAAUUGAAAAGCCAAGCAAUCAAUCUUUAAUAGAAGAAGUGCAAGACGUAUUAAAAACUAAGUCUGAAAAACCAUGGAACCAAUCGCCUAUGGAAGAAGUACAAGAAGUACACAAAGCUAAGUAUGAAAUGCCUGAAACCCCAAGUAACCAAUCUACUCGAGCACAAGUGCAAAAAGUACUCCAAGCUAAGUCUGAAAAGCAUGCCAACCAACGGUCAAAAGUAUCACAACCAGCCGUAACCUUAGAGUGUGAUAAAUGUUCCAAGGUGUUCAAAACAAAGAAACGACUCUGGAGCCACAUGAAGUUCCAUAAAGAGCAGCUCUGCGCUGAUCAGUUUCAGUGUGAAAUAUGCCAUAAGACGUUUGGAACAAGGACUAAGUUUAAGGAUCACGGGAGGUAUCACAGAUCGUUGGAGAAACAUAUGUGCACACAAUGCGGAAAACCUUUUGACAGAAUAGGACGUUUGCGGAGACAUAUGAACAUCUGUACCCACCGGACGGAGAAUCAACUGGCAUUACUCGAAGCAGAGUACACAUGGGAACUUUCUAAAGGAUUUUAAAGAGCAAUAAAUGGUAGUAACUCGGA